AUGGAAGACGAUUCAGAAUUCACCAUCGCUGAGAUGGUGGAAAUGAAGAAUAUAUACAAGGAAAUUGGGGAAGAGACAUUAGCUCCUGAUUUUUGCAAAGGGCUUGCCUCCAGUUUUAGUUUAUCGCCAAAUCGAGCUGGAAAGCCGGCCAUAACAUGGCAGCAGGUGCAUAAUUGGUUUCAGGACAAACAUAAGCGGACACAUCCUGAGCCCGAAGCUACUCCCGAACCUCUGCAUCUUGAAUUUUGCGCUGUCCUGCCAAAUGGUGCUGCUGUUGUGGAGAGUGCACCACUCAUAAGCUUUCAGAAGCGUAAAGGGACAAAGGCUCCUGAUCUCUCGGAGUUGAUAUUUGAAGCUAAAUCGUCAAAAGACUUUGCUUGGUACGAUGUUGCUUCUUUCCUUAACUACAGAGUUCUAUAUUCUGGUGAGCUUGAAGUGCGAGUGCGUUUUGCUGGCUUCCGAAAUACCGAUGAUGAGUGGGUGAAUCUUAAGGCAGGUGUGCGUGAAAGAUCUAUUCCUCUGGAACCCUCGGAAUGCCACCUGGUCAAAGUUGGAGAUCUCAUCAUGUGCUUCCGAGAAAGAUAUGAGCAAGCAGUUUAUUAUGAUGCUCGCGUAGUGGAGAUCCGAAGGGGUCCUCAUGAUUCGGAUAGGUGUGAUUGCAUCUUCCUAGUUCGCUAUCUCCUUGAUCAUGCCGAGGAUAAAGUUGGAUUGGAGUGGAUAUGUCGCAGGCCAGCAGGCGACGAAAGUAAUAACAGGGAGGAAAUACAACUUCCUCCUAAAAGCAUCUUUUUCUAG